AUGGAAAUGUUAAAUUCUGUUACCUCUCCUUCUUUUUCCCCUUUUUCACCCUCAUCAUCCUUCUUUAAAAAACCGGAAACUUCUAAUAAUAAUCCUAAUACAAAAUCACUUGAUGAAUUAAGAUCAAAAAUAAAUGGAAUAAAUAAUUCGAAAAACAGCAAAUUUUCUGAAGAUUUAACAACUCAAAUAAGCAUUAGUGAAGAGAUUCUUGAAGAUAUUAUUGAGUUUAUGUCGCAACAUCCAAAAUUCAAUCAUGAAACAUCGAUUAUAAAUCCAGGAAUUAUAAGUCUUCGAGAUGCUAUAUGGGACAUAGAAUUAGAUAUUUUGAAAAAUUCAGUCAAAAAAGAUGAGUUAUUGGAUGAAUUAAGUCAAACAAACGAAGACUUGUCGUUGAAAUUUGAAGAAUUAAAGUUAAAAUAUAAUACACAUUGGACUGGAAGCCGAAUUAAAAUGUUUAAAGGAGUUGGAAUGUUUAAUUCAAUUUUCUCAAAAUAUCAUUUGGAUUUAAAAUACGAGAAUGUAAAGCCAAUAACUGGAAUAAUUAAUAAUAAAAAAUGUAGUGAUGUGGUGGUUAAAAAAUUGUAUGAUGGGAAAAUUGUCGCAGAAAAAAAUAUUGGCAAAAACUUGUACAAAAAACAAGAUAAGGCAUUGUUGCGAGAUGAAAUUGUUAGAAUGAAAGCUCUUGAAGAUUGUGUUAAUAUUCAACAAAUUAAAUGGGCUGAUUAUAAUCUUCAAUCAUAUCUUAAACAAAAUCAUAACAUUGAUUGGACUACAAAAUUAAACAUUGCCUCUGGAGUUGCAGAUGCGUUGAAUUUUUGUCAUGAACACCUUAAUCCAAUACUUUGUAAUUUUGGAACUUCUGAGGCACUUGGCUUUAUUUUUAAACCUGUAAAUCAUGAAAAAGAUGAUCCAAGAUGGACAGCACCUGAAUUACUUGGCAAAAAAAAGAAAUGUACAACUGAAAGUGAUGUUUACAGUUUUUCAAUUCUGUUAUGGGAAAUAGACACACAAAAAGAACCAUUUGGUGGUUACGGUAACUUCAAGUAUGAAUUUCUCAAAAAUAAAAUUAUUUACGAUCAUAAAAGGCCAGAACUCGAAUUUGUGGCUGAAGAAUGCGACGAAUAUAUUAAUAUAAUGAAACAGGGAUGGAAUUUCGAUCCAAGUAAACGUCCUACAAUGCUUGAAAUGAAAAGUCGACUUUUCGUAUUAGAAAAACUUUAUAUUAUGGAAGAAAGUGUUGAAAAUGUUUUUGAGUCAUUUUCAUCCUCCUCUUCCUCAACUUGUUCCCAUUCCUCAAGAGCUUCUUCUAUUGCUACUUCUGUUAACGACGAUUAUCAAUUAUUAUUAUCGUCUAGUAAUGAUGACGGCAAUAAAUUAUUAUUACCACCAUCAUCAAAACCUAGAUCAAUUAGUGCACCACAAAAACUUGGAGAUAAUCAUAUUCAUUCUUCUGAUUGCGAAGAUCUCGAUUUUGAUGGAAAGACUCUUAACGAAGAUGAUGCAUCGAGAUUAAGUAAAUAUUCUUUCACAACAUUCAGAGAACCAAUAGAUAUCGAUAAUCAACAAACUAUUGAAGAACAACCGCAACAAGUUUUUGAGCAGAAAGAUAUUGAAUGUAUUGAACAACAACAACCAAAAUCGCCCAAUAAUUUGCUCACUCAAACUAAACCAAUUUUGCGUCAACCAGAAUCUAAGUUAACAGAUGCCAAAAGGUGCUACGCUCGAAAAGAUUAUGAAGGAGCUUUGAAGAUCUUUAAAGAGCAUGAAGGAAUUUCUCAUACAGCCGAAUUAAAAUGUUGGGUAGGAUUAUGUUAUUUGAAAGGCGAACCACCCGUUAGAAACAAGAAAUUUGCUGCUAAAUAUUUGAAUGAAGCGUCAGAAGGCGGCGAUCGAAUGGCCAAAUAUGAAUAUGCAAUGGCUAUUCAUAAUAAUAAAAUUAAAUUUGAGACGCGUGAAAGAUAUAAAUUUAUCAAAGAAUUGUUAGAAGAUUCUGCUAAACAAGGUUAUGCCCCUGCAUUUUCCAAAAUGGGCCAAUUUUAUAAUCAUGGUGAUUGUGAUUUCAAGAAAGACCCUGAGUUAGCAAAACGUUGUCAUGAAAAAUAUAGAGAAUUAAAAGGAGAACCUAAAAAAAAUCGUAACAACAACGAAAAAAUACAUGAUCAAUCAAGGGAUCCUAUCAGAAGACAACAUACCAAGAAUAGUUUAUCUCUUUCGAUCAAUACCCCAGGUACUACUAAAAUUCAAAAUCAACGAAAACAUAAAAAAUUUCGUUCCGAAUUUAGCACCCAACCAAUGAGUCGUUCACAAAGUCAUGGAUCAUUUGUAUAA